AUGGUCACAAUCGAGUCAGAGUCCGAUUUCUAUGACGUCUUUGAGAUUCUGGGGAAGGGCACAUUUGGGGAGGUUGUGAAGAGCUGGAAACGGAGCACUGGGGAGAUGGUCGCCAUAAAAAUCUUGAAGAAUGACUCGUACCGCAGCAGGAUCAUCAAGAAUGAGCUGAAGCUGCUGCAGACCAUGUCCCAGGUGGACUCCGAGGAGUCUCACAUCGUCCAGUUCCAUGAGUUCUUCCAUGACGAGCUCAAGUUCUACCUGGUCUUUGAGCUCCUGGAGCAAAACCUCUUCGACUUCCAGAAAGAGCACAACUUCUCCUCGUUGCCGGUCCGGCACAUCCGCACAGUGACCACACAGGUGCUGAGAGCCCUGGCCAAGUUGAAAGAGCUGUCAAUCAUCCAUGCUGAUCUAAAGCCAGAGAACAUCAUGUUGGUGGACCAGGUGAGGUACCCUUUCCGGGUCAAGGUGAUUGAUUUUGGAUCAGCCAGCAUCUUCAACGAAGUGCGCUAUGUCAAAGAGCCUUACAUCCAGUCCCGAUUCUACCGGGCCCCAGAAAUCUUGCUGGGGCUGCCGUUCUGUGAGAAGCUGGACAUGUGGUCCCUGGGCUGCGUGAUGGCUGAGCUGCACCUCGGUUGGCCCCUCUACCCCGGGAACAAUGAGUACGACCAGAUCCGGUACAUCUGCGAGACCCAAGGCAUGCCUAGGCCCGCCCUCCUGAAUGCAGCCCGAAAGGCCCACCUCUUCUUCAAGAGGAGCCAGCACGCCGAGGUGGUGAACUCCUGGCAGCUGAAAACCCCGGCAGAGUAUCUGGCUGACACCAAAGUGAAGUCUGUGGAGAGGAGAAAGUAUGUGCUCAAGUCCCUGGACCAGAUGGAGACGGUGAACGUCCACAAGAUGAUCUACCCAGACACAGAAGCCCUGGCUGAAUACUUUGACCUCCGGAGCAUGGUGGAGCUCAUCAAACGCAUGCUGACAUGGGACUCUCACGAGCGCAUCACCCCCAAUGCAGCCCUGAAACACCCCUAUAUUUCAACCCAACCCCUGAAGCAGAACUACGACCUCACCCAGUACUACCAGUUCUGCCUGAGGAGCCUCCGGGAGUCGCUGCCCAGCCACGGCAAGGCUUCCGAGGAGGAAACGCAACAUUACAGCGCCAUGGACGAGGACCGCUUCUACAGUCGGGAUGAAAAUGCCCACGGCAUCCAGGGCACCACUAGCCAGAUGGACGAGCUCAGCAUUGCCGAAGCCAGCCGGGAGGUGCCCCUAAAGGUGUGGGGUGAAGGGCCCAGCGGGGGAGGCUAUGAUCCCCACCCGGACCCGGCUGAGGCGGUGGCAAAUCGGCACAGAGUAGCCCACCAGAGUCUCCGGCUGCGCCAUGAGCAGGCACAGCAGGAGCCCAUUCCAGCCUACUACCGAAGCCGGCCCGGCAGCCCCAGACACCACAAGGCUUCUCACCACGUGAAGCCAGACCCUACCUUUGAGAACCUGAUUCUUCUGGGGCAGUACACCCCAGAAGACCCCUCCAGCUGGGAGAAGGAGAGCAAUGCCAGCGCCGCUUCCUUGCCAGAGUCCGGUGCCCGGGAGGAGGCGAGCUACCCCAAAGGCCUGGUCCUCUCACCCACCACACAGGUAACAAGGAUGGUCAAAGGAGGCCAUAUAUUAGGAAGGGGGCUGGACUUCAUGAAAUCACAAAGGAUAGAAGGUGCCCCCUGAGCCGAUUGGUGGCAUAACAAGGGAGUAUAGGCAAUGGCUGGUGUAGGUGGCAUGAAUGGGGCCUCAGAAGAGGAUUGAGUCAGACAUGGGAGGUGUGGUACCCCCCUCCACACCAAUACUGUCGCUCUGAGGAUUGGCUCUCUCCUUUUUCCUAGGCCACCCAUGAAGCUGCCUCAGUAGUCCAAGUUCACAGCAAUCUUUCGCAUGUGCUCGCACCUUCCCUGAGCAACGUCUCUGGGGAAGAAUGCUCAGUCCCGCCCCAUCCUUGCAGGUCCAGCUCAGGAGCCCAUCACCAAAGCCAAGAGGGCCCACUGGCUGUCCUAGCCCGCAACCAGUCGGCCUCCUCCCAUCCCGGGUGGGCUUACAAGGAGUUAUGGGAGCCGUGGCAGGCUGCAAAAGCAAUAACAGAAUCUGCACAUUCCAGGCUCAGCAUGGACACCCACCUCGGAGAAAAGGAACAUAACUACCCUGAGGGGGUCUUUUGUUGGAUUGUUCAUGCACACACACCUAUCCAUGGCCUUUGUAGCUCUCAUCUUCCAUGAAGCUUGGCAAAGUUCUCUCUGCCCAGCCCAGCCCAGCCCUCCCUAGUUUGCAGAGGGGUGGGUGGGUAGAAACCAAUCAAUUUUGGCAAGACUGUGAAGAAGAGGAAUACGAUGCAAAAACCCUUCCAAGAACCCAAGCACCCCCAGCACCUUCCCGGGCCCCCUCCCCCAGUAAUGCUCUGUUUCUCUUUGGCAGCAGGGACAGUCAGAGGUCUUUGAACCGGCCGUGCCACUGCCUGGGCCAAACCCCUGGCUAUCCAGUGAGGAGUGGCUGGCCGAACACGGCAUGGAAAGAGUCCCACUCAAGGCCGUGCUGCACGCCCCCCGGAACCGUCACCAGCUGCAGCCCUACCUGCAACACGUUGCCAGCCACCACUAGCCCCGGACCCUUGGCCAGGAAGAGGGCAGGCACAGCGGAGAUGGCUCACCAAGGCUCGGACAGAUACCUUUCUAGACAUUAAAUAUAUAGACUGUUCCUCGCUGCCCAGCCCCAGUUACUUAAUAAACACCAUCUUGCUGUUACUGAGCUGUACAGAGCCCUGAGGGCAGGCCAAAGCAGACCCGGCGGGGGGGGGGAGGUGACGGAGUUGGGGGGCUCUGACCAACCACAGCCAGCCCACUGGUCUUUCCAGGAGCCGAGGGCAGCACACCCAGGCCACACUGACCCCCCUGAGUGUCCAGGUGGCACCUGACCUGUUGCAUCGUUAAUAAACUCAUUAUCAUUUACAGACUGCUUUGAGGGCAUGUUUGUCUAGGGACCCUCCACGCUUCCACCCUGACUUGCCUGCUGAACCCCACCCCCGCUUGUGACCUAAAAGCUUUGCUCCACAGGGAAUAUCAGCCUCCUCCCACGGAGAGCCUGGAAUCUUGCAGGGAGGGAGGGAGGGAGCCCAGGGCAGCAAGCAAG